AUGCUUCCCCACGGCCGCAAAGACUCCAAGUUCGAUUCCAAGUCGAAGCUGUACCAGCUCAACGAGCUUGCCGAACUCUACAACUGCAACAAUGUGCUCUUCUUCGAGGCGCGAAAGGCGCAGGAUCUAUACAUGUGGAUGAGCAAGGUUCCUAACGGUCCUACCGUCAAAUUCCACGUUCAAAACCUCCACACCAUGGAAGAACUACACUUCACUGGAAACUGCCUCAAGGGCUCGCGACCUAUUCUCUCCUUCGACGCCGCCUUUGACCAAGAUCCCUACCUCCAAGUUAUUCGCGAACUCUUCCUCCACACCUUCGGCGUCCCGCAAGGCGCGCGGAAAUCCAAGCCCUUCAUAGACCAUGUCCUCGGCUUCACAUAUCUUGACGGCAAGAUUUGGGUGCGAAACUACCAGAUCAACGAAGUCGACACGACAGAAGCUCCCAAGGAGGGUGAGGAGGCCGAAGAGGACAAGAAGCAGAAGAAGCACAAGGCCGGCAGCAAAGACACAGACAUUAGCCUAGUGGAGAUUGGCCCGCGGUUCGUCCUGACGCCAAUUGUGAUACAAGAAGGUUCGUUCGGUGGGCCGUUGAUCUACGAGAACAAGGAGUUCGUGUCGCCCAACCAGGUCAGGUCGGAUUUGAGGAGGCAGAAGAUGGUGAAGCACUCCGCGAGGGCAGAACAGGUGGUGGAGAGGCAGGCUAAGAAGCGGGAUCUGGGAUUACGAUCGGACAGCCAACAGAAGCCCAAGGAUGAACUCGACACGAAGAUGCUCUUCGCUUAG